AUGGCCAGUUUCACCGCAUUGAAUAUUGAGCCCGCGGAGGACAUCCAGGAGGAGGUUGAUGACACCAAGGAGAUUCAGAACGAAGAAGCUCUCAAGCUCUACCAGAAUGCCUUGAAGCUUCAUUCCCAGGGGCCAGAAUUCUACCCGCAGGCUCGAGAGGCCUAUGCUGCCCUACGUCAAUCAGAAAUAUUCAAAUACCCGGAAUCGAUUUCGGAUUUCCUGCGAAACACGUUGCCUGAUGCCGACGCCGACGAUGCCGCCGCCGAAGCGCUUGCCGACAUCGACAUCAACGAUGCUGCUGCAAGCGCCCUGCCACAGACAAUAUACCUUUUAUACAAAAAUAACGCGCAGUUCCUUUUGGAUGUCCUGAAAGAAACACUUCGACACGACCCUGCCGCCACGUCGACAGUAACAAAAGAGUCUCGAUCCGCUCUUACAAUGUUUGCCGACGCUUUGGAACGAGACGACACAGACUUGGACCUUUGGCGGAAGACGGCUCGAUUGGGUGGAGCUCUAAACAGUUAUCGCCUGGCCCGGUAUUGCUUCGAAAGUGUUCUAGUGGGCGAUGACAACGAGGUGGAGGUACGCACGGAACAACUGGGACUGGACGAAGCAUUUGCAAGUGAGGAGCUACAAGAAGUUCUUGGAAAACUCAAGGAUCGACUCUCAAUAUCACAAGCACCGCCGUUAAAAAAGCCUCGGAAAGCGCUACUUCAACUUGCUAGACGUCACAUGCAAGAUCCUUACCCAUAUCUUCCGACUUUACCAAAAGAUAUAUCCGCCAUUGCUUUAUCAAAACAGAAUGGACCAUUGGAUCUGGCUACCCGACGCAUAAUAGUCUCCGCUGACAGAACGUGGUGUGGUGUUGGGAAGGCAAUCCUUGAAUCAGUGAAAGUGGAACAACAAAGUCCGGAACCUUCAACUACUGUCGGGAUCUCUAUGCCACCUAUAGAGGAAACUCCUGUAAGCCCUGGCCAUAAGGACUUGCCCAUUCCUCAAAAAGAUAUAGAAAUGUCGGAAGCCCCGGUAGAUCCUUUGACGACGACGGAGGCACCACAGCCACAGGCACUCUCUGCACCACCAGAUCAUGUGGACGAUCAGUCAUCGAUUGACCAGCGAGCCGAAUCACAACUGAGAGAGUCUUUGGAAGGAAUCUCUAAGCAGCCUACCGACCCCCCAAAUACGGCGGAAGUCCCGGCAGCAGAGGAUGCCGAAUCGAAAUCGACAAAUGCUAAUCCUAGGAAACGUUCAUCAGCUUCUGUUGUAAACGACGACAUAGCUGAUAGUGGGAGAGCAAAGAGUCGCCGAACCCGCGCACGAGAAUCAAAUGCAGAGAAUCUGUUGCAGACGGAGGAUGCCAAUCUAGACCAAAAGUACUACGAAGAUCGUCUUGAAGAGUUCUCCCAUGCCGACCAAUGGAUGUUUGGCACCGUCGGCAGCCUUUUGUCGAAGAUUGGUGUCGAAGACUUGGGGACAAUUGACGACCUCAAAAGCCAUGUUUGCACCGCUUCAAAUAAGUCUCGUGCAGAAAGUACUCUAGAAUCACAAGGAAAACCUGACCUUAUUCUUGCAAACGAUCUUCGAUACGCUCUGACGAACUGGGACGACGAAAAGGCACGAUCAGCUAUGCAAGGUGAUAGCUCAACUGCCUUACAAGACAUCCGCGGUGUGAAUCGUUCUGGCCUGGCUAUAUUCCAAGAACAUUCAAGGAAGCCUGUACAAAAUCAAAGCAAAGAAGAGUUGCUUGGUGGAGGUUCUGAGUUAGAAGAGUUUGUGGAGGAAGCUAAUAAUGACUGGAUUCAUCUUUAUGAAGUUGCCUUUGCUUGGCUAGGCAGGCUCUUCCAACCUAGGGGAGACAAACCAGAAUCCGUAUUCGAUGGAUCUUUAUCGGACUCUCUCUACAUCUCCUCUCCCUGGUCUGACGGUUUGAAAGAGACUGUUGUCGAGCUCAUUAUUCAGAUUGAUGAAUACCUGUAUCGGAGAUUGGUCUUCGCUGUUUCCCAGCUAGAGCAAGAGAUUCUUGGCCACAGCACAACGACGUCUGAAAACCCGUUCGAGUAUACCAACAAACACUACGCGCAAAUGGAAAUGAUACAGGUUCUUCAUGAGCUUCAUCUCGAUGUCUAUGCUCGUAUCAACAAUCCUAACAGCGACAUUGACUUGGCUACUCGUGUCUCGCAACGCGAUCGCUUGAGGAGAUGGGGAUCUUUGGCGCAGACUGCGAUUAAUCACUUUAUGGAUCAUGGACCAGACGGUGACUUCCGCACCAAGAUCUCACUUCGCUAUCUUUGGUCGACAACAUUUCACUCGAAUAUGGCCGAUGAUGUAACGCGCGAGCAUAUCCUGUUAUGUCUUCACGACCUCAAACGAACUCUUGGCUCAUUCGGUAAUCCUGAGAUUAUUCUUAUAAAUAACGCAAUUAUGCCUGAUAUCUCGAUUUCCGCUCUCGAUCAGGAAAUCUCGCGCCUAAAUUCCAUGGAUUUUUUCAUGAAGAUCUUUGGGUCAGAGAAGCAAGAUUCGGUUUCUUUAAUAGAAAGUAUCGAGCCCAUUCUCGACCCUUCUUCUGUGGAAUUUGUCCAAGAAGAUGCUUCUAGCAACAAUACUACUCUAGCUGCACCUUCUCAUUUCCAAGAACUGGCGUCCUUCCUUGAUAGAGGGGAUGCCACACUUCGCCUUUUCUUAUGGCGAAGAUUACAAGACGCCUACCGAGAUAUCGACUACGUGCCAAAGGUAGUUUCAUGCGAGCUACGGAGCAUUGAGGCCAUUGUUAAGGAAAUUCGAGGCAACUCUUUUCUAGAAGCUGCCCACGAUGCUCGACCUUCAAUGUUGUUGCGAUGGCUGAAGUCAAUCAAUAAUAUAUUGAUUAAGCUGCUACCGCGGCUGACCGAAAACCCAUCUCAAUCCUUUGAGUGCGUUGAUUUAGAACAUUUGCGCUCUUCCAUGGCUGCCGUAGCCCAUAUUUCUCGCCUUCUCCACACCUUCGCUCUUUAUGAAGACAUGGCUCGAGUGGGCUUACGACCAUCGUCGGAACUCCGUGGCACGAUGGGAAGGUCUCUCGAGAGUUUCAAGGAGAGGCUCAGAGAUAUGCAAGUUCGUUGUUGGGUUCUGCAGUACACGCUGGUUAGGGAGUACAUGUCUCAAGAGGCAGGGCUAUUUGAUAGCCCUUCAGACGACCGCAUACAAUUUUUACGUGCCGUUCACAAUGCGUUGGGAGUUCGGUCCGCUUGCAAAUACGCUGAUAAGGCUCUUUUGAAAUUGAUGAAGUCAGAACUUCUAAGCAUCGAGACCAACGAAGAUUGCGAAUUUGAUAUCGCACAAGUACUCUUUGAUCUGCAUGGCUUCAAAUUUUCUAAUCAGAUAGGAACCUCGGAUCAUGGCUGCCCCAUAGGGAGAUUGGAUCGCGAAUCUGCCGCAAUGAUGGUGGAUUUUGUUCUUAUGCAAGUCAACCGGCUGAACAUCAAAGACCUAUCCAAGUCAGACCUAAAAACAACGAUCGAAAAAGUGCAGCAGGCUAUUGGACCGAUCAAGCAUUCUACUUUAUCGUUCAAUAGGCGCAUCAUCAGCACCUAUCUCAAGUCGGCUAUCAACCCUUCGGAAUUGUUCCGUCUUGCCCACGGCGUUGGCGGUUUGGCAUUAACGUCUGUUUCUAUACCAAACACCGAGAACGCCAAGAAAGGAUGGUACUUCCUCCUUGGUCACGCGUCACUGACGAAAUUCCGUUCCCAGAAGCGAUUGAAUGCCGUUCCUACUAAUGACCUUGAUGACGCCAUCGGAUACUUUCGACAAGACUUGGAGUAUGCCACUGAGAGAUGGGAAUCAUGGUAUAGACUUGCCCAAGCAUAUGACUCUAAGCUUGAGGAAGAGAUUACAUGGACUGCAGACAAAAUUAACAACAAUGUGUCGGAAUUGGCAACUUUGCAACGGAAUGCCAUUCACUCUUACGGGAUGGCCGUUGCUGGUGCGUUGCAAGCUGGCGAUGAUGAUCACAAAUCACGGGCGGUUAUUUCGGAUCUCUUCACAGACUAUGGGCGGUUUCUCUACGCAUCAUCACGGGAACCUUUGAACAUGGCUGUCUUUAGUCUGACGGACUUUGAACGUCACUAUAGCAAUAUCGACAGCCAGAAGUUGUAUACAGACAAACCAUUUAAAGAAAUGCGUCCAUACGCUGUAUGGGGUCUGGCUAGCUAUCUAUUCAGACGUGCCAUGGUCGGAAAGCCUGAUUAUUGGCUCAAUCAUUUCAUGCUCAGCAAAUGUCGGUGGAAGAUGUUCAACAGCGACGAGACAAUGCGAGGAAACAGUAAAGAGGUCACGCUGGAUGGUGUUCUUGACCCGCUUCUCGAUGCAAUCGAGACUCUACCACGGCGGAAAGAAAAGAGCUCGGACCCAAUUCUCGAGCCUCAUUUCCGACUUGUAUCCGUCUUGCACAAACUUGUGGUUCGACAGAAGAUCGAACCCAAACAGGCUGCUGAACUCUUGUCUGAAACCCCAUGGGCCAAGAAGCUGCCACCUCCCGAGAAUCCGGAAAACUGGACAACUUAUAUUCUAGAUAUCCUGAAGAAUCUCAAAAACGCGGACAAAUCCAACUGGCAUCACCGGAUCAUGCUACGACUUGCAAGAAUCCAUUACGAUAGCUCGGAAGACCCAAGUGCAGCUGCCGCUGCAGCCAAGAAUGAACUAAUGCCACAGAUUUUCACAAAGACUAUGGCACUACAAGUUUGGCGCCCGGAAUUCGAACGGCCAGGGCGGCAUUUCGUAUACACCACGCGCUAUAUAUACUUUUUUAUAAAGCUGCUAGACCAAUUGAAUGACAAAGCCAGUUUGGAACAACUACUUCGCCGAGUCAGGAGGAAGCAGGGCGAUUUCAUCAACCAUACAAAGCUCUGGGAGGAUAUGUGUAUUGUAUACGCAAAGCUUAUCCGCCGUUCUGGUAAUAUUCCUGAGCGCCACGACGAGGGUAUUUUCAAGCUUCUUAGCUGGGAUGAGUUUGUUGCGAAUUCUGCUCGUCUGGAUGGUCUCAAAGACCUCCCCACCACUAAUGGGCCGACAUUAGACUUGCUUCGCGAAGCUGUUGAGCUAAAGAAACUGAACAACAAUCUAAUGAAAGUUACAAUGCUGGAAGACCUCACAGCCGAUAUCUACGCUCGUCUGUUUGAAGAGAGUAGACCUCGGUUUGCUGAACAGGCAAACGAGGAAAAUCGCGACAGAAUGAAAGUUGACCAUCUUUUGAUGAGCAACGAUGGCGCUGCCGACGAGCCCACCCCGGCAACUUCUGCUCCUCAGUCGGAAGCUCCAGCUCCCAUUCGCGGACGAACCAAGGGAAUUGCUCGCCGAGAUAUUCAAAAACGAGCCGAAGCCAUUGUCAGUCGGCAUGCUCGUCCUGCAGCAGCCAAGACCACAGCAGCCGCCGCGGACGAAGAAAAACCACCAUCUGCAGCAGUAGCCCGAGUUAGUGCCGUUAGUAACUCACGAGACGGUGCAACGGAGGGUGCAUCUGCUGCUCAGAGCAGUGUCCCAGCCAGUCUUCAGGAUAGCGCCGACGACGAGAGCGAAUUAAGCGAUGUUGACGACUCAAAACUCGACAAACUCAAAACAGACCAGAGUACCAUAUUCCCGAACUUGAAGAAAUCACUCCAGCUUCCUGAGCCAAAUUCCGAGCUCUCUGCGCCAGCUAGUGUCGAUGGCGAUGAGGCAGCCACCACAGGAACAGCAGACGUCAUACCCGCCACUGAGGAUGAUGUCGAUGACAACGCACAGGACCAAGAAGGUGAUAUGGAAGGGGAAACCGUCCUGACAGCAGAAUAUGAAGGCGAAGAAACCGAACUUCAAGAGGACGAGAAUAUGGAAAAUGCAGAAGGCGACGCCAUGGAUGGCGAAGAAGGUGAACAAGCCGAUGGAGAUGACGAGGAAGAGGAAGAGGGAGAAGACGAAGCAGAAGUUGCCGAAGCCGAAGGCGACGCUACCGAAAUCGGCGAUGAGACCAUGAUCGACGCUGAUGAAGAGCAAGUGGAGGGAGAAGUCGAGUUCGAAGGCAUCAAAGACGAGAAUCCACAGCCUGCGCAAGCUGCUGUUGAUACGCCGACUGCUGAGGGCGAAGCUCAGUGA